AAGACUGGUUUCCGGUUUACUCCUGCGGGCUGAGUUUCUGUUAGCUGUGCUGCUAUGUUACAGUCACUAAAUUCAACAAGAGAACGGGAAAUGGCAUCUAGCUAGCCUCGCAAUUAUCAACACGCCCAUUUCAGAAUCCCCAUGUGAUGGUGUGUCCGACAUGAUUGCAUUUGCACCAGCAUCUCAACGAUUAUGUCUCAGUGAUGCCUGGAGGUGAAUGAUAGUCUGCAACUCAACCAGUAUCAACACCUCUUCCUUGAAAACUGCUCUUGCUGAUCAUCUGCUUCCUGUCCUGUUUUGUCCUCUGGAAAUCUGCAGCAUGUCUCAGAAAUACCCCUAUACUAACAUGGGGGAUGACUUUCGAUCGCAUCAAGACAUGUAUGCAGAUUCGUAUCAGAGACAGUCCAGUAUGUACCGGCCCAGCGUUAGAGCCUCGUAUCAGGAUCAAAAAUGCUCUACAACAUCUUCCAACAGAACGGUAGACUCUCCUGUCCUCAGUUCUGGGACGGCUUUGACAUUUCUUCACAGCUGUGGCCUGGAUUCAAGCGACAUUGCCCACCUUGCAGAACUUCCUGAGCAUCUCUUCACGGUUGAAACACUUUCCAAACAUCUAUUACAAAUCAAAGAACGUAAAUUGUCUGUGGCUUCAUCGACUAGGCCCAGCACAAGUCAGCCUCUUGACGAUACUGUGACUCGUGCCUGGGAGGGUCGCAGCCACACCAAACCUGUUGAGUAUCUGGUUGAUCAACCUGCUCUUCCAGAGCAAGGUCAAACCUGGCAAGACCGCUGGGGAAACCCUCCACGAACGAGCUCUUUACCCACCAGUACCAGCGGUUCCAACAGUAGAAGAAGCAGUGUCCCAGGCUACAGCAUCUCCAAGACCACUGACCCAUAUUGUGGUACCAGAAAAUCACCAGAGACCUCGUCACGAUCUUUUGUUGACCCCAGACCGAGGCCUUUGCUUUCUCUGAGAUUAGAGCCACCUAUUGUCAUGCCUUCUAGGAAGGAGGCUGCAGACUUCAAUUGCAAAAUUCCCCCGACUUUUCCUUACACGUGUGGUCUCUGUGGCAUUUCUGUCCAUUCUACAAAGGACUGGUUUGUGCAUGCUCGAGGUAGUGAGCAUGCUAAAGGUCAGCAUGAACUUGUGAAAAAGUACCCAAAGUGGGCACAGACUGUUGAAUCUGCAAGAAGUUUCAGGAAUGAAAGAACCGAAGUUUACAAGGUGCCAACCAGGAGGGAGGCCUCGGAUUUCAGUGGCAUCGUUCCCCCAGUUUUUCCUUACUUGUGUGUUCUCUGCAACAUCACUGUCUUUUCUGAAAAGGACUGGUCUGUACAUGUUACAAGUGGUCAGCAUGCUCAGAGCCAGCUGGAUCUUAUGGGAAAGUACCCCGAGUGGGAUGGGACUGUUCAGUCUUCUAGAAGAAAUGAUGGUCACGCCUCCACUGACAGAGAAGAUGAAACCUCGAGGGAAAAUACUUCAAACAAGAGGAUGCCACAAGCAAAAGAUGAACGGAGUUCUCGAGUUGUGAGCUUCACACCAUUACCUGCUGGAGAUGGCAUCACUUCAGAGUUGACUGCCAUUGCUAAACGUUUUGGAUCUGUCAAGAAAUCCUUGUUUCUGCCAAACCGGGGUUAUGUGGAAAUGACUUCUUUAGCUGAAGCUAAGAAACUGGUUGAACACUAUUCAGCCAGUCAGCUGAAAUUAAAAGGCAAAUUAAUUCAAGUCACCUUCUCUUCUGAAUAUAACACACUAAAAGAGGCAGAAGUUGGUGGCAAAACACAAUCCUGGAGCUCUCACACAUACAGGAGAUCUAGCCCAGGUAGGCACAGCAUUCAGAGGGACUCUCCUAGUCCCAGGAGAAGACGCUCUUCAGAAAGGACUCGAUCUAGCCCCAAAAGAAAACACUCCUCAGAGAGGACUCCUUCUAGCCCUAAGAGAAAGCGCUCAUCUGAGAGGACACACUCUUCUGGGAAUCGGCAAGAAGAUUCUCAAAAAUCCAAGGAGAGCUCUCGUACGUCCUCAAAUUCACACCACUCCUCAAGCUCUGCUGCUCCAAAAUCAGGUGCAGAUACAGAAGAAAAGAGACGUGUGAGCAAGAACUAUCUUGAAAGCACGGAUUCAGAUGGUGACCUUGAAGGGCUAGAAGUGAUGGCAGACGAUGGAGAAGAAUUGGUGCAUGACAUUUAUGAUUCUGAGCCCAUGAGAAGUGACCAGCAAAAUUUACUAUCCAAGCCAAUGGAUAUAACAAACGUUCACAUAGAGGAGCAAGUCAAGACUGAAGAUUUUCCAAAUGCCAACGUAUCAGAAGCAUCAGACAGUCUGGAGGAGGGCCAAAAUUUUGAAGAACAUGACAACCAGGAAAUAAAAGAGGAAGACCAUGACUUCCCCAGAAUUCUUGAAAAUUAUGUGACCUUAGAUGAAAUCAUGGAAGAAAAUUCUUCAGAUUGUCACGAAUCCAGUGAACCAAAGGCCUCAAUCCCAAAACCUGAGCAAAGUGAUCUCUCUGAAUCGCCUGAAGAAGAAAGUGCCAGCACAAGUGCAGAACACAAUGCCUCGGAGAACCUAGAUGUUGUUGAUCAGCCUAAAGAGGAACAGGACACGGAGAGCGUGACCGACAACCUCAAGGAGUAUGUUGAGGUGGCACUCGCAUCUGAUGCUGAGAAACUUGCAGCUGAUUAUAAAAAUCAAGAUAAUGUACCACAUGGUAACAUCUUGAAGAUUGAAGAGAAAUGCUGCCAUCUCCCAAAAGAGGGAUACAGACCCACAACCUCAGAAGAGAAACGGCUGGGUAAGAGGGAGCACUCGGAGAGAGCGGAAAGCCAGAGCAGGUCCUCAGCACAAACUUCCUCAGUGAAGGACGAGGAGCCCCCAUCCAAAAAAGCUAAAGAGGAGAAAGCUUUGAGUAUACUACAGAAGAAGAAAGAGGAGGAGGUCAAAACUGAGCCUUGUGAGAGGACAGCUGAAGUGAGCAAGGAGCAGACAGAGGAACACAAUACUGAUACGACAGCAACUCAGAAUGUGGAGCUCAAACCACUGAAGGUUGAGAGUGACCUUGAUCCUCCUACCGAGUCUUCAUCUGUUGCAUCUGCUGGUGUGUCUGAGAAGAGCCAAGAGCCGACUGAAGACCCCACGCCUCCCACGGAGUCUGUCAAAAAGCCUGAAACCACUAUAGAGGCUCUCGGUCCAUAUGAGCCAAACGUCCCAGUGGGUGUGGAGUUUGUGAAGACGGGCUACUACUGUAAAGUGUGCUUCCUUUUUUACUCCAAUGAAGACACUGCUAAAAAGGUUCACUGCAGUAGCCAGGCACACUACAAGAAACUCAAGAAACACUUGGAAAAGAAGGCCAAAGCACAGUCAUCAUGAGAGGAACUGAAAAUGGAGGAGGCAGGAGUGUAAUUGGUACUGUGCAGUAUUCGGCUGUGCACGAGCUUUAGUUUGCGUCUCCUUUUGGAUGAUUUUGAUUUUAGGUUGAUUCCAUCAUUUACUGUUUUCUUUCAUGUGUAUUAGAAAAGUUGCCCUAUUCUCAAUCGAAGAACAGACCCGUUUUUUAUGGCUGUUGGCUUGUGACUUUUUUUUUUUUUUAAUAUUAAAAACAUUCCUCAUGCUUAACUGUCUCUUGGUUGUGAUGAAUGAAUUAAUCUCUCCUAUCAUAAAUAUUUUUGCAUUGUUUUAUUCAUUUCAAUGGUUUUUUUUUUUUUUUUGGUCCCCCAGGAAAAGUUAGUGCAGAGCAGAUGACUGGUAAUUCACUUUCCUAUUAAGCGUUAACUGAAGUAUGCGAAAGUUUGGUUUUCAGGUCAGAUUAAAUGUUUCCUAAGGCUUUUACAAAUUUGUCUCAUUUUCUUGCAAGUAUUUGUUUUUCUUUGAAUUACUGGUCUGGAAUUUGUUUUUUCCAUGAUUGUGUUAAUAAAUACAUGAUUUAAUAAUUUAAGAUCAGUUAACUUUAAUGCAAUUUCUGUAAUUGUCUGUUCACUCAUGAUUUACAUGUGUCUGUUCCUUGUCUCGUGAUGAUGUUUUUCUCUUAUCUUGGGUAUUAUCUGUCUGGUCUAGUGUGUGUCGUUUGCAUAUUGACAUUACUAUAACAUCAGUAUAUAAACUGGCUGUGUCCAGCAUUUGUUUAUACUAAGAACCCCCAGGUUGUCUUUAUUGCAUGCAUUAAACCAUCUCUUUUUAUUA